UACGAGCAGCAGUCAGCAGUCUGUUGCACGUUUCCUGUUGGCACGAAGGAAUAACAAUGAUGACCACCCUUCUAACCGGAAUAAUCUGUCACUUUCUAAUCCUGAUAGUGGCAGACCAUGACAGCACACUUGGCCGUCAACGAACUGAUGUCUUGGACGAUGAUAGUGUCGAUAGCAGUGACCUGUUUGAGGGCGACAUUAUUGACUACAAUAGUAGAGACAUGAUUUCCGAUGAACUGAACGCAACAUACGCAAAUUUCAUGGACUCUGCCAGAAGCCGUUGGCCUCAAGGCAUCGUGCCAUACGACAUCUCUUACGGCAUUGGUGAAAUGGAACUUACUCCGGCUAUUCAUAGUGCUAUGGAUACGAUUUCCCGAAAAACAGCCAACUGCAUUCGCUUCAGACCUCGAACUAACGAAACAGCGUUUCUGCUUUUCGUAUCGUCUCGGUCAAUCUGCAAAGCCACUCUGGGAUACGCCCGUUACGGCAAAAACACUAUCGGUUUGUCGCGGCAGUGUGCAGUCCACGAUAUCGUUCAUGAGCUCCUACACGUACUGGGAUAUCAUCACGAACACACACGACCCGAUCGGGACAAUUACAUUACGGUACAUCUUGAGAACAUUCGAGGUCGAUGGCGGAACAAUUAUGUUAAGAGAAAUGAUGUCGAUUUGAUGGGAUUCCCCUAUGACUACCAUUCUAUCAUGCACUAUCCGUCAGAAGUCGGAAGCGUGGCGGAGAACCCGCAAAAACCGGUAAUGACCACCAAGAACGGCGUAGUCAUUAAACAUAAUACCGAAUUGAGCGAUUUGGAUGUUCAGAAAAUUUUGGCGGCCUACAAGUGCCAAGCAAAGAACUCAUUGUGCAACACAUCUGCUGGAUAUUGUCAUGUAUAUAUUCGAGGACUGGAAACCACGGAAAAUGAAUAUUGGCUAAAAACCUAUGUGGCGAUGACCAACUGCCAUCAUCCGAGCGUUAAAAGGAUAUCGGUCUACUGCACAACAAACGCCACGGCCGACGAUGUCCAAAACAUCGCAAACCAGUUGACAAGUUUUGCCCACGUUGACAGUUAUGCCAUUUACAUUGCCGAUGCCAGUGUUUCAAGACCACGCGUUCUCAGUCCUGUUAAGACCAGAAUAACGCAACUCGGGAUACAUACCUGCACACAGCCAUCAACAACACUAAAACUACGAGAAAACACCCUGGUCGAUCUGCUCGAUUUUCGCUUGUUUUACUGUUCCAACCAGGAAAUUCGAAAAGCCGAUUUCCAGUUCAACAGCAAACUGAAGAGACUGGUGUUUCACGCUACAACGAUUGCAUCGAUCGAACGUAACGCUUUUGACGCACUGGCGGAACUGGAGAUUUUUCAAUUAGAAGAAUGGUGGAAACCGCGCGAACAGAUAGUUAAAGCCAAAAGAGAAGCGGAAGUUCGAAGGCACUUACAACUUUUGCACUGCGAUUGUCAGUAUCAAUGGUUACGGAACUGGUUAAACGCAAAAAGCCUGUUGGCCAAUACCAAGUCUUUAGUAAACACUUUUCCAGAGGACCGCGAGUCGGUGACGGUGGGAGAAAUGUAUAUACCUAUCAACUGUCGCAGCAUUGACAGCUCUUUUAUCGCAUUUCGCAAUCGUGAUAAUACCCGAUUUUUUAAUCACGUCGCUCCGCAGCCCUUCUCUAGGAACGUUUCGCCUGGCUGUUAAUUUUAUCCGGCUUCUUUUUAUGUGUGUUUUGAAAUACGAAGUGUAUCACUUAUUCUUGGAGAUCUAUAUAUGCAAUCUGAUCCAAUACAGUUUUGAUGUGUUUACGGUACGAUAACGAAAAAGAUUGCAGAUUUUCUCCUUUAU